AUGUCGGAUCGGACCAAUAUUGUCGGGAAAUGUUUGCGGAACAGGCUGUUAUCAAAAGGCCAAAUUUUUGUUUGGAAAUGGCCCGAUAAGAAUCCGUUUCGAUUGAGAUUCGAUAAGAAACGAGGGUUUGAAAACGAGAUGAUGCAGAACAAGUCGCCGACGGUGGUCUGGUGGGACAUGGAUACCAUUCCGCCUCCGGAAAGGUUAGAUCCUUGUCAGAUCCGUCAGAGUAUAGAAUCGGUGUUUUCACACUACCUUCCUUUCACCAUCUUUGCCCAUGGAAACCUAGACCUUAUCCCUCGUUGCCUCUUGGAACAGAUGUUAUCCUCGGGAAUCGUUUUGAAACACGGCCUAGAAGAUACAAUUCCCGUUUUGAUGGAUUUGGAGAAGUGGAUAGAUAAUGAUCCACCUCCGGCUACGUUUAUUCUUAUAUCCGAUCGCGAAGACCUCUGUGAGAAACUGCCUGCGUUGAUGAAGUAUGGAUACACGGUUUUUCGUGUCGGUAAAACAAAUAAGCCUGGAGAACCAGCCAAAUACCCUCCUUCUGUAGUCACCGUCCCUUGGGAUCAUAUAUUAUCAGUUUGUGAUGGCUUUACUACUCGAGAGGUCAGUGACAAGUGCACAACUGCUUGGCAAUGCAAGGUAUGCAUUGAUUCUAGCCUCCCUUUUGUUGGGGAAGGCUAUGAAAGUUUUGACAGGCAUUUCAAGAGUGUACACCAUGCUGAUCAAGUGUCGCUUUAUAUGCCUCAAGACUAUUCUGCAUAUGUGGAGAAGACGGGGAAGACGAGGAAGACGGGGGUGUGGUGGGACAUGGAUGCCUGUCCGCCUCUCGACGAGUUAUAUCCUUAUCAGGUCCGUCGGAGUAUAGAAUCAAUGUUUUCAGACGGCCUUCCUUUAAACAUGUCUGCCAUUGGCAACCUGAAUUCCAUCGACGCUGGCGUCUGGGAAUCCAUCUUAUCCGCUGGUUUCUUUACGAAACACCUCCUAGGAGGUCCGGAGGACAUGACGGAUGAUAUUCAGAGGUGGGUAUAUAAUUCUCCAUCUCCGGCUACGUUAGUUCUUAUAUCCGAUCAUGAACAAUCCUUUCAUACAACUGGCUACCUGCUGUUCUUAAAAGACAUGGGAUACACGAUUAUUUGUGUAUAUCCAGAAUGUCCGGAUGUUUCCCCCGAAUACACUUCUCUUACGUAUUCUCGUACGUAUGCCUUGGGAGACGUACUGUCAGGUGUAUUGAACCAGGAGGUUGACAAGGUUAUAUUGAACCAGGAGGUUGAGAAUGUUAAGGACAAGUGCAGUGAAACUGCUUGGUUUUGCAACAUAUGCAUCGAAUUUGGCCACACCUUUGCUGGGGAAAGCUAUGAAAGUUUGACCAGGCAUAUGUCAAGUGCAGAACAUAGUAUUCAAGAGUUGAAGCAAGUGCCUCCAAAGAUAAAGGCCUCCCAAUCCAAGAAGCCUAUUACCAAGACUGCGAUGCAGUCAAAGAUUGCUAAGAUUUGCAAGAUGAAGGCGCAAUCAAAGAGACGUAGACGUGGUAACACCUGUUCUUUGGGUUUAGAUAUUCUAACCUAA